CUAUUUGACUUUGGUGAAUAUGUUGGGAGUUGCUUACCAAAAUACGUUCAAAAGGUUCAGCUAACUCAUUCCAAUGAGCUUGAAGUUUUGAUUCACCCGGAUGGCAUUGUACCUGUCAUAACUUUCCUCAAGGAUCAUCACAAUGCACAAUAUUUGAAUAUUGUUGAUAUUGCUGGUGUGGAUGUUCCUACAAAACCUUAUCGUUUUGAGGUAAUCAUGGUCUUGAUUUUAUAUGGUUUCUAUUGUCUUGGUUUCAUUGUUUCAGUUGAUCAUUUUGAUUUGUUCAGAUCUUACUUUGCUUGUAUGAAAAGCCAGUCAUUAAAAGCUGAUUGGUACAACAAUCUACAGCAUUUAGAUAUAGUUCUGAGUGUCUGGGCAUAUCUCCAUAUCAGACGAUUUAAAUUGAAAAUGAAAAGUGAGCAGGCAUCAGUACCUUGUCAUUAGCUUCUUUAACAACAU